UCUCCCGACUACGGGAAGCUAUGGAAAAAUUCUAGAUGCUUCCACCAUGGACGGCAACGACCGGCUCUACAGUCUUCUCUCUAGACCUCAAUUGCAAUUUAUAUUCUCCUCGACUCCCUCCCUCUUCCUGAAACUAGGAAGCUGAUCUGAGAAUAGGAGCAAGAUGUUCGGGAGGGCGCCGAAGAAGAGCGACAACAAGAGGUAUUAUGAGAUUCUCGGCGUGUCGAAGAACGCGUCGCAGGAUGAUUUGAAGAAGGCGUAUCGCAAGGCGGCCAUCAAGAACCAUCCGGAUAAGGGAGGCGAUCCGGAGAAGUUUAAAGAGUUGGCCCAAGCUUAUGAAGUGCUGAGCGACCCUGAGAAGAGGGAUAUAUAUGAUCAGUACGGCGAAGACGCACUCAAGGAAGGAAUGGGCGGUGCCGCCCAUGAUCCCUUUGAUAUUUUCCAAUCUUUCUUCGGUGGAAACCCCUUUGGUGAUCGUGGUGGCGGCCGUGGACGCAGGCAGAGGAGAGGAGAAGAUGUGAUUCACCCAUUGAAAGUCUCCUUGGAAGAACUCUACAGCGGAACUUCAAAAAAACUCUCACUUUCUCGCAAUGCUCUUUGCUCAAAAUGCAAAGGGAAGGGAUCUAAAUCGGGCGCAUCAAUGAAAUGCUCUGGUUGUCAGGGUUCGGGUAUGAAGGUCUCUAUUCGCCAGUUGGGGCCAUCCAUGAUUCAACAGAUGCAGCAUCCCUGUAAUGAGUGUAAAGGGACUGGUGAGACCAUUAGUGACAAGGACCGGUGUCCCCAGUGCAAAGGAGAGAAAGUUGUGCCGGAAAAGAAGGUCCUUGAGGUCCAUGUUGAGAAGGGUAUGCAGAAUGGGCAGAAAAUCACCUUCCCCGGGGAGGCUGAUGAAGCGCCGGACUGUCUCACCGGCGACAUCGUGUUUGUGCUACAACAAAAAGACCACUCUAAGUUCAAAAGAAAAGGCGAUGAUCUCUUUGUCGAGCACACGCUAUCCCUAACCGAAGCCCUCUGUGGCUUCCACUUCAUAUUAACCCAUCUGGAUGGCCGGCAGCUUCUCAUCAAAUCAAAUCCCGGUGAAGUCGUCAAGCCCGAUCAAUUCAAGGCCAUCAACGACGAGGGCAUGCCGAUGUACCAGAGACCGUUCAUGAGAGGCAAGCUUUACAUCCAUUUCACCGUGGAGUUCCCAGACUCACUGAGCCCGGAACAGUGCAAAUCUCUGGAGUCGAUCCUCCCCGCGAGGGCUCGGACUCAGCUGACGGACAUGGAGAUUGAUGAGUGCGAGGAGACAACGCUGCACGAUGUGAACAUUGAGGAGGAGAUGAGGAGGAAGCAGCAGAGCCAGGCUCAGGAGGCCUAUGAUGAGGAUGAGGAGAUGCAUGGUGGCGCUCAGCGAGUGCAGUGUGCUCAGCAAUAAGAGAGGACAUGGAAGUGAGCUAGCUGCCUCUGUUCUUAUCUAUGUUUUGAAUACUUAGUUUUGUUGUUAAGAACCGUGUAGCCAUUUGUGGAGCUUUGGCUGAACUCUAUAAAAUGAAGUUUAUGUUUCCUA